AUGGCCAAAGAAUCUAGAACAUCGUCUUUGAAGAAAAGUACUCUCCUACAACUUCAUUUGACUAAACUUUUUCAAAAAACACGUAAGAGAAAGCACGAAUCUGAUACUGAUGAUCAAGAACAAUUAUCCACUCCGGAGUUAAGAUCUCAUGAUAAUGAGCAUGCCCAUAAUCAUAGUCACAAUAACCAUAAUCAUAACGGCCAAGACCGCAGCGACAGUGGCAAUGUUGACGAUAGUUCUGAUGACCAUAGUAGCACAGUAUCGACCACACCAAACAGAAAGAGACGUCGUUUAUCUAACACUACAACAGAAAAGGAUCAAGAUUUAAUAAUGUUUGAAAAGAGAGAAAAUGAAUUGGAUGCAAAAUUACCUGAAGAAUUAAGAAAAUAUAGACCAAAGGGGUUCCCAUUCAAUUUACCACCUAAGGAUCGCCCCAUUAGGAUAUAUGCAGAUGGUGUUUUCGAUUUAUUCCACUUAGGUCACAUGAAACAAUUAGAACAAUGUAAAAAGGCAUUACCUAAUGUCACUUUGAUUUGUGGUAUCCCAAGUGAUGAAGUGACACAUAAAUUAAAAGGGUUGACUGUUUUGACUGAUAAGCAACGUUGUGAAACUUUAAAACAUUGUAGAUGGGUAGAUGAGGUUAUUGAAGAUGCUCCUUGGUGUGUUACUCCAGAGUUUUUAGAAAAACAUAACAUCGAUUAUGUAGCACAUGAUGAUAUUCCUUAUGCAAGUGCAGGAAGCGAUGACGUUUAUAAACCUAUAAAGCAAGCGGGGAAAUUUUUGGUUACUCAAAGAACUAAUGGUAUCUCGACAAGUGAUAUCAUUACUAAAAUUAUUAGAGACUAUGAUAAGUAUCUGAUGAGAAAUUUCGCUAGAGGUGCUACUAGACAAGAAUUGAAUGUCUCAUGGCUUAAAAAAAAUGAAUUGGAGUUUAAGAAACAUAUCAAAGAUUUUAGAUCUUAUUUUAAGAAGAACCAAGAGAACUUAAAUAAUUCUUCAAGAGAUCUUUACUUUGAAGUCAGAGAAAUUCUUUUAAGGAAAACUCUAGGUAACAAACUUUAUAUGAAAUUAGUCGGCAAUAGUGAAAAUCUUGAUGAUAUCGUAAAUGGAUCUGUUAAAGGUAUUGCUGCAAAAUCAAGGAAAUUGUUGAGAGCAAGAUCGCCUGCCAGUGAAUUUGCCAGUGAAUAUACGGGUCCAAAUUUAGAAGAAGAAAAUCAUGAUAAUCCUUUUGACCCCGCUGAUGCUGUUGAAGGCACUGAAGAUGAGGGUGACGAAGAUGAUGACGAAGAAGAAGAAGAAGAAGAAGAAUAUUAUGAUUCUAAUGAAGAUGAACCCGAAGAUAAGAAAUUAAAGAAAUAG